GUUCGAGACAUUCGAAGUGGGGCGGCCUCACUGGGAAAGAAUACAGAGAUCGCCAUACGGAAACGGCUAGGAAUAUCCAUUGGACAAGGGUAUGGCCUUACUGAGAGUAGCGCGUUGCUGGCACCCCCUAGAGUCAAUUGCUUUCCAAGAAAGUCUGGAUCCUGUGGAAUACUGGUGCCAGAUACGGAAUGCAAAGUAGUGGACCCGGAAACCAAACAGGUUCUUGGUGCCAAUCAAGAUGGCGAACUCUGGUUCCGUGGGCCCCAAGUGAUGAAAGGGUACUUCAACCUUCCUCAAGCCACUGCUGAAUGUAUUGACAAAGACGAGUGGUUUCACACAGGUGACGUUGGGAAUUAUGACGAAGAAGGAUAUUUCUAUGUGGUAGACAGGCUAAAGGAACUCAUUAAAUACAAGGGAUUUCAGGUGGCUCCUGCAGAACUUGAACACCUGAUCCACACCCACCCUGCUGUUGCUGACGUAGCUGUAAUUGGAGUCCCAGAUGAGAUAGCGGGCGAGCUGCCCAAAGCUUACGUCAUAUUAAAACAUGACGUCACGGCUACUGUUCAAGAUAUAUCCGAUUUCGUCGCAAAGCACUUGGCGCCCCACAAGCGUCUACGGGGCGGCGUGGAAUUCGUCACUGAAAUACCAAAGUCUCCAAGUGGAAAGAUUCUCCGCCGGGAGCUCAGAAAGAGAGCAGCAAAGCAAUCAAAAGCGAAACUGUAA